AUUAUGGUUCUCUCAAGGACACAAACGUUUAAAGGCUUUUGGGUUGUGUUGUUUGUUUGGACGCCGAGAAGUCUCUAUAAAUCCUAUGUUUGGCCCCAUGGUUUGUUAUACCCACUCACUAACCCGAAUAAGAGUUUUCUAAUUCAAAGUCUACCAAGAAUUUUAUUUAAUAAGGAAAAAAAUCUUUUGAUAGCCAAAAAAUUGAAACUUUUCUGUAAAUGUGUGAUCUGUUUGAAAUAUGGGUUAAGAAAAUGGUGGGAUUCAUAACGAAGUGGUCUAAACAGAUCUAGACCGUCCAUUUAGCUUUUCUCUCUAUCUCUUUUUGAUUCCAUGCAUGAAUUGAACAACAACAACACACACACACACCGGAGAGAUGGAGAGAGAGAAAGAAAGAGAGAGUGGUUUUGUUUGUUGAAGAGGAAGAAUAGAUCCAAAAAUGCAGCUGACCUUUGAUUACUCGUGUUAGCAACACUUUUCUUUUUUCUUCUUUUUUGUUCCCAAACUCAAAUAAAAAUCUAAACUUUACUGUUGAAAUUACACAAAAAGCUUGUUUUUACUUUUCUCUCUGUUUCUUAGCUUGAAGUUCGGAUCUUGUACUUAGCUAUAGAGAGAAACUGUCACAUCCCUAAAUCUGAUUACAAGAAAAAAGAAAGCAUCAAACUUUCUCUGUAGCAUUUGGGGAAUUUUCAGUUUUGUCGGUUUCUGCAGCAUUCUUCUUCCUUCAGAGAUUUUGAUUUGAGUGAAGAAUCAAAUUUUCAAAUGGAGGAAGGGAAAGAGAAGUUGUUUACGUGCAAGUACUGUCACAAGAAGUUUCCUUCUGGGAAAUCACUUGGAGGUCACAUUAGAAUUCAUACCAACGAGAAUUCAGUUGGUUCUGAUCGUUACAAUGCCAAGAAGAAGAAGAAGAGGUUGGUGGAUCAGAGAAAGAUGAUGGCUCAGAAACAGAAGCAACAACAACAAGUUGGUUGCAGAGAAUGUGGUAAAGUGUUCGUUUCUUUGAAAGCUCUUAGAGGUCACAUGGCUUGUCAUCACUGUGAGGGAAAGAAGAUGUUGAUGGAUAGCCAAUCUGAUACUGAGACUGAGACUUCAUCAGCUCCUAUCAGGAAAAGAUCCAAGAGGGUGGUGAUGAAACGAUCCAAUUCUGAAUCUUUUAGUAAUGGGAGCUCCUCUUUUGUUUCUGAGAUUGACCAAGAAGUUAGGGAUGCGGCUGAUACUUUGAUGUUUUUGUCGAGUGAUUCUCGUAGUUUCAAGAAAAGACGUGACUUGGUGAUGAACUCUCUGGGUGAGUCAUCUGACAACGACUCUUCGGUUGUGGAGACUAAGUCAUCUUCAGGUGAUGAGCUAAAGAUCUUUAAUGUGAAGAAUCAGGUUUUAGAGACAGGGAAAGUUGGAGUAGAUGACCAUUUGAGAUCUGAUGAUGAUGAUGAUGGUGUUAGUCUUUGUGAUUCAGAUGACUCUGAUUCUGAUUACUUCAUAAAUGGCCCAAGUAAGUCAGAUUCAGACAUUUCUGUUGACAAGAACACUGGAUUUGGAUCUGGAUUCAACAACUCAUUGAACAGGUUCAGGAAUAGUAAUGAGGGAGGAUCAAAGUAUGAGCUGAGCAAAAGCAAGAGAGCCUUGUUUUCUUAUGAAACUGAAUCAUGUGCAGACACAAACAGCAAGAUUCAUCAUAGGUUCAGAGAUAGCAAAUCCUCAGUGGUUAAGAAAGAAAGUGAUGAGAAGAAGACAAGCAAAGGUCAUGAGUGUCCAAUUUGCUUCAAGAUGUUCAAAUCAGGCCAAGCUUUAGGUGGUCACAAGAGAUCACAUUCCAUUGCAAACCAAGUAGCUGAUACGCGUAACCAAAUCGAUCUCAAUCUUACUGAUUCAGAUACUGAUGAAUGAAUCAGAACCUGAAACUAGAACUCAUCCUCGGUUUUUUCAUUCUCUCUGGUAUAAAGUUGCUUAUCACUUAGUGAGCCAAUUCUUUUCUUUAGGAAUACAAGUAUUGAUGUAUAUAUUAUCUUCAGCUUCUUAGGGACCUUUCAUGUUUCUUACUGAGAUUCAUUCUUCUUGUCUUCAAAGAAAGCUGUCAGUUUUUAAGUUUUCACUUAUAAGACUUCCUCUGUAUUCAUAUUAUCAAAAUCAAAGUCAAGACUACAAGAGCCAUUGUCUCUU